AUGGAGAAGAAAACCAUUUUUAUAGCAUGCUUUUCAAUCAUGGUUAUGUUAUCAUGUUGUUAUACAAGUUUGGCCAUAGCACAUGAUCUUGAGGAGAUGCUACUCGGCGUGUUCGAUAUAGUUGUUAAAAAUUGGCCAAGUCCGGGUGAUUAUAAUCGCAACGUUAUCAAUCAACAAUCAAGAAAACAUCUCCAUUAUCUUGUUUACUGCGGGGUUAAGAUGGGAUAUGGUGGAAGUGAAUGUUCGGAUGAUUACAUGGACGAAGUGCUUCGGAACAAAAAUGCAUCGAGAGAUUGUUGUCGGAAUAUAGUGAAUGGUGGUAAGCAAUGCCACAUAGCUUGGAUGAACCUGUAUUAUCAGUUUUAUCAGUUCAAACGUUUUAGUUUUAGAGUGAACAAAACUGAAGAAAUAUGGAACAAAUGCUAUAGUCAAAUUAAACAUGUUACACCAUUAUCUGGUUAA